CUGUGCCACACACGAUCCGAAAGGAAGACAGAGAGGGAGAGAGAAAGAGAGAUUGAAUUCAGAGAGUCUCGAGACUUUACAAGAAACGGAGUAUUCGAGGCCAAUCUGUCAGAUAUAAGACACCACACUAUCGAUAUCGAUCAACUCCAAUCAGAUCAGAACUUCUGUGGGGCGGAAAUCUACCCAACGAAUUCUACAUCCAAGAUGGACGACAUAGAGAAGACCGCAAGUAUCGGGGUGCAAAUCUUGGACUAUACCGAGACUAUCCCAUCCUGGUUGCUCAACAACUAAAGUCAGCAAAUUACGGACCUGUUUGCCGGAGCCAGGAAGUUCGAAGCAGCAUUCAUUCGACGAACUAGGCUCGCCGAAAAUACUCGAAAACAUGUUCUGCAGCUUGAGAUUCCUCAUGUCUAAAUCGAAAGCGUCCUCUUGUCACUCUUUGCGAGCAUCUGUGUUCGGAAGCUCUUGCAGAGGAGGAAUCGCGUCUUCGAUGCUAGCUCCAGCAUAGACAUUCGUAGAAAUCAGAUGUCUAUCGUAUCAGUACCUGUACUGAUACUACGUAUCAGUAUUUGAAAUAGUUUCUGGCCGCCGACAUCUGAGGAAAAUGAGCUUACUCAAUUGUAAAGUUUAC